CACUCCAGCACAGAGACAACUUCCCAACAAGAGCAGACCGUAUCAGAUUUCCUCUAAUGCACUGAAAUUCUCCCACUCCUCCCUCUGAAUAGCUCUGGAUCAGGUGAACAUAAGUACAAUUUUGCUGUUUGACUAAGGAAGUGGCCAUGCCUUAAUGACUUGUACCCAGUGACCAGGUGCAUUCAGGUAGUGCUCGCACCAUGAGUUAAUCACUCUGAAACUGUGACUUUUUCUUCCGAUAAACAUUUUCAGUCUGGUUUAACCUGUGAAAAUGCACGUAUGUGAGAAUAUGUGGAGAUGGCCAUACAGCGGGGCAGUAGGAACGAUCUUGCUGCUGCUGCUGCUGGGGAGCAGCUCGGCCCAGGACGUUUUUGCACAGCUCAGCUGUCAAGAGGCCGAAGUCACUCAGAACAUCACCCAACCUAAGUACAACAGCAUAUUAAACACCAAAGUGGAUGCGGUGUCUUUGGUGCCAUUUGUCCAGUCCUUUCUUUACACAGUUCAGCCUCACCCUUUUCCUGAACGCUUAUUUCUGGAAAUAAUCAAGGAUCCUCAGCAGGUGCAGUCAAACAAAGGGCUGAUGACUGAAAUCCUCACGUAUGAAGUGGGUUUCCUAGUGUGUAUCGCCAUUGGCAUCUUGUACAUCGUCCUGAUGCCCAUAAUUGGUUUCUCCGUGGCUUGCUGUCGCUGCUGUGGCAACUGUGGGGGGAAGAUGUACCAGAAGCAGACAUCCUCCAUCAACAGUCUCAGAAGAACUCUCUACUUCAGCCUAUUUGCAAUUACAAUCAUUAUCUUUGCUGGUAACAUUUGCCUGUUCAGAAGCAACGACGAUCUUAAAAAGAGUGUGAACCAGAGUCCGUCGGAGCUCAACAAUGCAAUAGGUGACAUGCACACCUUCCUGGUGUCUGUGCCACAACAAGUGGAAAAUGUGGUGAAUGAAAGCUACAGAACUGUGCAGGAGGUUACCAGGAACUUAGAUGACAUUGGACGUCAGUUGGGGGAGAAAAUCCAGCAUCGCUUUAGAGGAACUCUUGACCCAGCUCUGCAGUCGGUCAAACGUCUACACAAUGAAAGUUUGAACACCAGCAACCAACUUGACCAGUUGAACUCAUCAUUAGCCCAACUGCAGUCCAGCAUAGACCGUACUCAGGCCAACAUCAGCGUUGUCAGAGAUCAGAUUAAACAGACGCUGUCCAAGCCAGAAUGCAAAGAAUGUCACACCCUAACAGCAGACAUGGACAAACUAACGCUAAACAUCACCAUUUCUGCUCCCAGCCUGCAUGAGUUUCAAUCUGCAGUGGCUGAAGUCAUUAAAGCUGAUAUCCAGUCUGAAAUAAGUGAGGCGGAGAAGUUUUUCCACACCAUUCCUGAGAAGGUGACCAGUGAAACUAAGGAUUUAGUUAAAAGCAGCAAAGAGCAGCUGAGCAGCAUAAAAAAACAGGUUUUGCAGAUUUCCCAGGAUCUCCACCUUUCAGCUUUGGAUAAUGCGUCCAAGACUCUAAACCAGCUCCAGAGUGACAUUGACAUGUACUCAACUGGAGCGAGACAAGCAGAGGAUAUAAGAUGGAGUGUGGGUCUGGCCCUGUGCUGUGUGAUCUUCCUGGUAGUGGCCUGUAACAUCCUGGGUCUGAUUGUAGGCCCUCUGGGUCUCUCUCCUAACGUAGACCCCACCAACCGCUCUAGCGCCUCAAACUGUGGAGGCAUCUUUCUCAUGAUGAGCGCAGGGUUCAGCUUUCUGUUUUCCUGGCUGUUCAUGAUAUUGGUGCUGGUGCUCUUCUUAGUGGGUGGAAACAUGUACACACUGAUUUGUCGACCAUGGAACGAUGGCCAGCUGCUGCAGUUCAUUGAUACUCCAGGUUUAAUCCCGAACUUCGAAUUAGGCUCGGCUUUGGGACUCAAGAGCAAAAUCAACCUCUCCCAUGUCUACAGAGACUGUAAGAAAAACGAUCCUUUGUGGACGACGCUUCACUUGUAUGAACUUAUAAAUCUUGGAAACGUACUCAAUGUGUCUAAAUACACAGCCCAGAUCAACAAGGAGUUUGAGAAUACAAAUAUCACUCUGUCUUCAGUCAAUAUCCUGAGCCCUGAAUUGAUAAAGAAACUUGUAAACACCUCUUCCAAAGCUAAUUUCAACAGUACAGCUAUCACACAGCAGAUGGAUAACAUUUUAAACCUCAAUUUGAAUAAAACAGCAGAAAAAGUUUUUAACUUGAGUGAUCUACAACCGCCCGCCAUUAAAACUGAACUUCAAAGUGAAGCUUUGAAACUGAGGCUAAUUCAAGCCAACAUAGAGACGACCAUCUUUCCUCAAGUGAUAAACCUGAAAUCAUCCAUCAGGAAUCUUCAGUCCACUUCAGGAAAAAUUAACGGAACAGUGGGGGAGAUGCUGAGGAAAUCUCAAGCAGCACAAGACUUUCUCAACACAAAUACGACACAGAUUGUAAAGACCGAAAGUAGGAGGUUUUUAAACUGCCAGCUGGAUUACUUCACUGCUUAUGCUGACUGGGCCAAGACUACGAUCACCCAGCAGGUCGGCCGCUGCAGGCCUGUUGCCAGGGUCGUAGACUCCUUUGAGACUGUCCUUUGUGUUAACAUAGUGGAGUCUUUGAAUGCGUUCUGGUUUAGUCUGGGCUGGUGCCUGAUGUUCUUCAUUCCCAGCAUUAUAUUUUCCAUGAAGCUAGCAAAGUACUACAGGAGGAUGAGCUACUCUGAUGUUUUUGAAAAUCACAUCGUUAUGAACCACAUCCCUCGGGCUCAGAUGAAAGUCACCUGACAUGGGACGGCGUGUGCGUGGGGCAGAUUUAAAGGUCUGCAGGCACAAAUGUUGUGUUUGAGAAAAUCAAAGCACAUGGGACACCACAGCACAGAUGUGGCACAUUGUCACUUAGGUAAAACAACUGAAAAAAAAUACAGUUAAAACUAACAUACCUACUUGAAUAUUUUGUAAAUUUUGGUUUUUACUAUAGAGUGGAGAGGGAAACUUGACCACAGUGUGACUGGUACAUUUCAUACAGCCCAUGUUUCCCUUUUAAACCCAUCUAGAGGGAUUCUGAUGAUAUACGAGAAUCUCAAAGGAUUUUUAACAUUUCUUGGCUGAACUUAGCCUCAUCAGGCAUAUUUCUUGUUUCUAGUUGAUUACAUAUGUAUAUAUGUUGAUGCACAGUUCAGUGUUUUGACAUUAUUUGUGGUUUAGCAGCUUGUUGACAAUGGGGAACACAUUUUAUUUUUGACUGAAUUUCUAUUUUCAUUUGCACUAAUGUUGGGAACAAAUGUUUUCUGGGUUCGAUGUACUUAAUUGACUUGCAAAUAGUUUUAACCAUAUCAUUGCUGCUAUUUGCUUACUUUACAAUGCCAUUACCUUUUUUUAAUCUUGAGUAGUCAUUUCUUUUGAAUAAUGUUAUGUUUGAUUGGUGUUGAUUUUUGUUCUACUUUUUUCUGCAGAGUUGAUUCUGUUCUUUUGUUAUGCAGCACUUUACACCAUUUGAUUGUUUGUGAUUUUUACAAAGGGUUGAAACAUUUCUGUCAGCUGUUUUCCAUACAGUGAACAAAUAAAAAACACUAAUCAAGAGUUCA